AUGAGUCAUAGAGUACAACUUCUUUUGGGUGCAUACCAUAUGACAUUUCCUUUGAAAAGUGUUGACAAAACGAUUGAGAUGAAAUCUGUUCCAUACGUAUGUUAUGGCAAUUGUUUGUACAUUGAGUCAAAAAUAGCUAAUGUCACAGGUAUUUCAGAAGUUAAUAGUAAAGGUUCAGUAGAAUAUAAGUCUUUCUGUUAUGAAGUAAAUUCAAUGUUCAUUCCAAACGUUCCUGUCAUAGCAACUCAUUUAGGUAAAUGGGUUCGCAUUAGUCCUCAUAAUUUGAAAGACAUGCAAUUCAGACUUGUUGACUUUCAAGGAGAGCCUGUAGAACUGAAGGCACCAGUGCGAAUGACUGUUGAAGUUGACUUUUUAGAAAAUAUUAAAUGCAACAGCUUACAAGAGAACUCAGAGCUAAAAAUAUAA